ACUAGCAGAUAUAUAAUGUAUAUCUCAUGCACAUUGAAGAAUCUUUGUCAACUCUCGGGUGAAGAAGGACCAAGCAAGUCCCAGGAUCAGAACAAUAAUGCUGUUUGGAUCAUCUAUGUUGCAAUAGUUAUCGGGCUGGUAUUCACCGCCAUUACAUUUCUUGUCUUGUUACAAGAAAAAGAAAAGUUGAGACAAGAUUUAACAGAAACGGAACGACGAUUGAACAAGAGUGAAGUGAACCUGCGAGGGCAGAUAGCUUUGCUUCAGAAGCAAAUGCUCAAUGUAGCAGGCGAGAUGUCAAGACAAGGACGAAAUAUAGGAGACCUACAAAACUCAUCCAGUGAAAAUAAAAAAAAUAUCUCAUCUCUGGAGGAAACAUACAAACGCCAAAACAGCGAAAUUCUCGCGAUGAAGGCAAAUCUCAAUAAAGCAGCAAUCCCAGUCGCUUCGGUGAGAUUGAUUACUGAUACAGGGGCGACAUCUACCGUUCAAGGAAGAGUUGAAAUCUUACAUCAAGGAAUUUGGGGAAAUAUUUGCACCGAUGACUUUUCAAAUGAGGACGCCAGGGUGGUUUGCAGAAUGCUUGGGUACACGGAUGCGGGUGGUCGCACUGGGAAUAAUUACCGCGUGGGAUCAACUGCAAAAUUCUGGCUGAAUCGUCUUCUCUGCACUGGCCAGGAAUCUAAUAUUGGACUAUGCCCCCACGGUGGAUGGAAUUGGAAAAAUUGCAUAAAUGCGGCUUCUGUUCAUUGCUAGAAAGAUAAUAAAUAGUCAUAGAUGUGAACGGAGUCUAACUCAGGUUAAGUUGUUUAUUACGAGACCGGACUCGGAAAUUUUUUUUUUCCAAAUGACCUAUUCUUCUAUAUCAAUGUUUGUAUUAUUCCAUUUUCCACUAUUUUUGAGUGACCAAACUUUUGUAAAAUCUCGCAAUCCAAGAUAUGCUAAAAUGCUUUUAUGGGCAAAUAAUAUAGCAAUGUAAAACAAUGAUUCUUACAUAACAUUUAUUCUACCAGUGAUAGCUUAGGAAUGAGAAAGCCGUGUAUGUUGGCCAUUAGAGAAUUUUUGAAAUCUUGACGUGGCUUUACUUAGCAGACUAGAGGCGGUCAGCUUUUUAAUCUGUGACCUUGAUUCAUGGCUCCUCAGAGUGGCGCAUCGUGCUAAGCGUUAGGAAUACGCUCGCCAUGCACCUCUGA